GUAGUUGACCAGCUGACAUCUUGCUGUCAUUCUAUCUUGUUUUUAGUAGUGGGUUAGGUGGUCUGAGUAAAAUAAAAAACCUUUCACAAAAAAAACCUUUGAUAAAAGUUUUCUCACGCAUCAAGCCAAAAGGCUUAUGAUUAACAAGUCUAGUAGUAUCGAACUACUAGAAAUGGAUCCAUACAACAAAAAUAUUUCAUUAGAAACAUUUAGGAACGAGUCGAAGACUAGCUCAUUGACGAAGCAAGAUCCCACCGGCUGGGGAAAAACAUCGCCGAGCAAAAGCUACUGUUCAUCAAGCUCCACAUCCACAGAAAAUGUUGUAUCAACAUUGGAGCGAAGGAAAGUUAGUACUCUGAGUAUAGUUUCAGACCACUAUAGUCAGGAAUCUGGUACAUCUAAAAGUCCUGAUGACCCCCCUUUAUUACCAGGAGAAAAGGUUACAGGUCAAGCUAGAGAUGUGACAUAUUUGUGCCCAUAUCAUGGACCAGCAAGAGGGAUAUUAACAGUAACAAAUUACAAGCUAUACUUCAAGUCAGCAGAUAAAGAUAUGCCAAAUGUGGUAGAAGUCCCCUUAGGUGUGGUCUCUCGCAUCGAAAAAGUAGGUGGUGCCUCAUCCAGAGGCGAGAACGCCUAUGGCAUCGAAGUAUUCUGCAAGGAUGUGCGCAACCUACGCUUCGCUCACAAACAAGAGAACCAUUCACGUCGGGGCGUGUUCGAGAAGCUGCAAACGUACGCUUUCCCGCUCUCCCAUAGGCUGAGACCGUUUGCUUUCGAGUACGCGGAGGUGUUCCCUGAAAAUGGGUGGGCGGUGUACGAGCCCAUCGCAGAGCUGAAGAGGAUGGGAGUGAACAAUGACAUGUGGAAGAUAUCAAAGAUUAAUGAGAACUAUGACGUGUGUGAUAGUUAUCCAGCGGUUUGGGCGGUACCUGCGCAGUGUUUCCAGGUAACUGAUGACGACAUCCGCGCCGUAGCCCAAUUUCGUAGUCGCGGCCGUGUGCCAGUCCUCAGCUGGAUCCAUCCAGAAAGUCAAGCGACCAUAUCCAGAUGCUCCCAACCUCUUGUGGGCGUGGGAGGCAAGAGAAGCAGAGAGGAUGAACGUUACGUGCAAUUAAUCAUGGACGCCAAUGCGCAGUCGCAUAAACUGUUCAUCAUGGAUGCUAGGCCAAGUGCGAAUGCCAUGGCUAACAAGGCCAAAGGAGGAGGGUCUGAAGAUGCAUACCAAAAUGCAGAAUUGGUAUUUCUUGAUAUACACAACAUACACGUUAUGAGAGAAUCGCUGAGAAAAUUGAAAGAAUUGUGUUAUCCUAACAUAGACGAGACCAAGUGGCUUUCAGGCGUUGAAGCUACUUAUUGGCUGAAACACAUCAAGUGCAUUUUAGCGGGAGCUGUCAGAAUUGUUGACAAGGUGGAGAGCCAUAAAACCUCAGUCCUAGUCCACUGUUCAGAUGGCUGGGACAGGACUGCUCAGUUAACUGCUCUCUCAAUGCUGAUGUUGGACCCAUACUAUCGCACUAUCAAAGGAUUUGAGGUUCUUAUUGAAAAGGAAUGGAUCGCGUUUGGACACAAAUUCCAACAGAGAAUUGGGCAUGGCGACGACCACCACUCGGAUGCUGACAGAUCUCCAGUGUUCUUGCAAUUCAUCGACUGCGUUUGGCAGAUAACGCAACAGUUCCCGAAUGCCUUCGAGUUCAACGACUAUUUUCUCAUAACGAUUUUGGAUCAUUUGUACUCGUGCCGAUUUGGUACCUUUCUGUGCAAUAGCGAGAGAGAACGGGUCCAGGAAAGUGAGUAUUUGACAUAUGAUAUCCAAUGUUGCAUAAUUAUACAGAAAGUUCAUUAAAAGUCAAAAUAGGAACAUUGUGUAGUGGGAGCCAAUGGUCAAGCCUCGCCGGGCAGCAUCGAAGACAGUGUUGCCAUUUUCUCUCUGUGAUACUUUGAUGGUGACACUUUUAACUGACAAUAUUUUUGCUGCAUUAUCUAGCUGCAAUAGAGUAGCCAGCAACACUGCUAGCAAUCGCAACUAGAUUAAAGAAUAUGCAAUACCGCAAUAUUUUUAGUAUGACUGGGCUAUAUGACAUGUUUGACGUUUCAGUUACAUUUUUGUAUAUUGCUGUCAGAUUUCCGUACGAUCAGGGUCCUACUUAAUGUAAUUCAAUGUUGUUUGAAGAAUACAAUGAUUCUUAAGGACAAAGCUAACUUAAUUAAAACUAAAAUAUGUGCAACUUGAUUAAAUGUAUCAUAGAACUACGUACCUUUUUCAAGUAAUUUUGAGGACAGGCACACCAAAAGAUUUGCUUUAUUUACUCUUUUACUUUCCACGCCUACUAGCGUAUUGUAACCGAUAAAAUUUUCGAAUAGUAGAUAUCGUUUUUGGAUGUUAUAUGAUGUUUAUCAUGAAAAACCAUGUCACUCAUUUCCGACUCGCUGUCUGUCCGCAUCAUUUUUGAAAAUACUAAUAAAUUGAGACUGUGCAUUUUAGGGGGCGGGGAGAGCAUAUCUCAAUUUUUUAUGUUAAUAUAUUUAUACGCUCCCAAUUAGUAACUACAGGCACCUAUUAUACAUAUUUCACUCCUCAUAGAUUUAUCCGGACAUUAGCCUUUAAAACGGAUAGCAUCUGCUUCUCCUCCCGGCGACUUUUCGCCGGACUUAGUAAGUGUUCUGGUAUUACACUUAUUACUGGCGCGCCACAGCAUAGUGUUUUCUAUAUUUCCUAUAUUGGGAAGUGGAGACAACCUAUUUGACGCUAUUUCUAUGCUUCGUUAAUAUAACCUGCCGCGACGCGUUCAAUUUCGUUAGACAUUCUUGCCCGAGUUUACAGCGUGUCUGAUGAUAAAUUCUGACAAGUGUAUGUAGCUACAUAUUGCGAACAAUAUUUGCCAAGUUAUGAACAUGUAGGCAUAGUCGCUAAUAUUGUUAAAUAACGCAUCAAAAAUAUUGUUCGUUUAGAAGCUCAUUAAGAAGUUGGCAAGCAUACAUUAUUCUUGUUUGUAGAGCUGAAGGAGCAAACAGUGUCUUUGUGGUCAUACACCAAUAGCAAUUUAGACUUGUAUCGCAACCCUCUCUAUUGGGCUAACACAAUGCAACAAAGGGUUUUGGUACCAAUCGCCAGUAUUAGACACAUAAAACUAUGGAAGGCGUACUACUGUAGAUGGAAUCCAAGCAUGAGGACACAGGAUCCUGUAUACCAAAGAAUAAGAGAACUUCUGAAACUAAAAGAGCAGUUGGAACACACAGUGGGAGAAUGUCGCAAAGAACAACAGCAGAGAAUGCAGAGGAAUAAUGUGUCUCCAGCUUGACCCGAAGUCUCUUCAUAAUGUUAAACAUUGUAUAAAAGUCCACAAGAGUAUUAUUUUUAUUUUUUAUGACAAAGUUUGUGUUUAUUACUGUAAUAUAUCGCGUUCAAUAAGCUGUCA